AUGAACCCCGAGCAUCUCUUCGUGCGCACCGACGACCCUCCUUGCGACCUCGAAAAGAAUGCCGUCCCCUACUCCGAGCUCAGUCAGACCUACUCGGACCCCUUCUCCAAGUCGCCCGUUGGUACCGCCACCCAGAGACCCAGCGUCUGCACCCCUCCUCUUCCACCGCUCAGCCAGCACAGAGGGUACCCUUCCCCUCCCCGCUUCCAACGGCCGAGAGCUCAGCCGCCUUCUCAUGCGUCAACCAUGACGAGGCUGCCGGAGUUUAGCCGUUUCCCGCAGUUCUCUCCGACCAAGCAACAAACGUAUAGCUCCCCGGGCAGGCUGGAGACGUACACGACUCUGCCUUAUCAUCGUUCGUAUACCAUCUCUUGCCGACAGAGGGACGGUAGCCAUCAUCCGGUAACUACAAUCCACACCAAGCCCCAGUCUGGUCUUUCUCCUGCCAGCCCCGCUGUCUCGGCCGCUGGAAUACCACCCGACCUCACUCCCGUCAACAACGAACAAGAUCCUCUCCUGCCUCUUGCUAUCGAGUGCAUCCGAUCUCUCUGUGUAGACGCCGACCGUCCUAGAGGCGCUCUCACCCCCAGCCCCAUCCCCACCCACCCCGCAGCCUCUCGCACUCCAUCCGCCCAGUUCCUCCAAGUCCCCCAAAUUACCGUCACCGACAACACUCGCGACUCUACAGCUACCGCCAAAACAUUCUACGCUUUCCGAGAGUUCGGGUGGCUGCUCGAGUAUAUCGGGGCGGAGGGGACAGGGAGAGAGAGGUUCCCGGCGAUGACGGUGGAAAGUAAGGCUUCGUUCAUGGAGAGCUGUGCGAGGGAGAAGGUGGAGAUGGCUGUGAGGUCUGCGAGGGCGACGCUGCUUGCUCAGGGGGCAGCGGACGGUGGGGUGGGAGAGGAGAAGGGGAAGAUUAUCGAUAAGCUUGAAGAGCUUCAAGCGUUCUUCUCUGAGACCGAAUCGCGCGAGGGAAGUGAUGGCGAAGCAACAGCGGAAGAGGCAGAUACAACUCUGAGAGGUGGUGAGAGCGGCAAGCUCGAUACAUCCCUCGACAGAUCACUCAACUUUUCUCGUCCCCUCCGCGUCGACAUCCCCGCCUCUACCCGAAGUUCCCAAACCAGCAACUUCCCAUCUAGAGCUGCCAAGGAUGGCUACACCGAUAUUUUUGCGCCUCGCCUGACGCAGGACUUUGGUACGGGCGGAUUGGAUCUCUCUGAUGUCGUCAAGGUCAAGCGCUUCUCGUUUGAGCAUGUUGAGCAUCCUUCGGAGGAUCAUGACGAGUCAGAAGGCGCCGUGAACGAUUCAUUCACAUCCGACACCAGCGAAAUCACCGCCACCCUCGGCACCGAAAGACCAAGACGCACCCGUCCUCCCGUACCCAUCAACUCCAUCCGCCUCUCCCGCUGGCCCUGCCGAGUCGACCCCAAAUACCUCUCCCGCCCCGCCGAUUGGACGCCUGUCAGGAUGCAAGUCGCUCCCGCACCGUUUGCCCCUCAAGAGAAGGAUGUAGAGAAGGCUGGAGAGAGCUGGUUGAAGGGCGCAAAGGUGAAGACUAGGGGAGUAGAGAUGGUCAGGUGGAUGUUUGUUUUUGGGUUCAUCUGUCCCGUUUUCUGGAUCAUUGGUGGAUGGUGGGUAUACCCUUCGUCGGACAAGGUGGAACGUCGACAACGCCCCAAGUCGAAUACGAGAUCUCAAGCACGAUCAACACCCCACACUUCGGUAGAUUUCGAAACCGGCACGCCUUUUAUCCCUAUCACACCCAACAGGAGCUCGUACCCUUUUCGAGAAUCCGUUUCGAGUCCUACCGCUCUGCUCGGGCAACAGUCUACAAACCUGAGGGGGAAUAUGCUGGCACACAACACGCAGAUAUCUGGAAUCGGGUCGUCGGGGAAGGAGUCGUGGUGGACGCAUGAAGAGCCGAUGGUGAGGUAUUGCAGGCAUGCGGCGAUCGUGGCGAUUCCGGGGAUGGCGUUUGCGGCGGUAAUGCUGGUUGUUUUGUUUGUCUUCAUCAAGUAG